UUGUCUAGAGAUAAUAGUUUGAUAGUGGACAUUUCGGAUGCUCUUUCGGAAAGAGACAAGGUAAAAUACACGGUGCAUACGAAAACGACACUUCCAGAUUUUGUAAAAAAUGAAAUUAGCGUUGUUCGUGAACACGAUGAAUUUAUUUGGUUGCAUACAUGUUUCGAUGAAAAUGAAGCAUAUGCUGGAUUCAUUAUCCCACCACCACCACCUCGGCCAGAUUUUGAUGCAUCACGUGAAAAGCUUCAAAGAUUAGGAGAAGGUGAAUCAACGAUGACUAAGGAUGAAUUUCUAAAAAUGAAGCAAGAAUUGGAACAGGAAUACCUUGCGAUAUUUAAGAAAACUGUUGCAAUGCACGAAGUGUUCUUGUGUCGUCUUGCAGCUCAUCCAGUUUUCAGACAUGAUUCAAAUUUUCGCAUAUUUCUUGAAUACGAACAAGAUCUAUCAGUACGUGGUAAAAACAAGAAAGAAGUUGUUGGUUCAUUUUGGAAACGAUUAACCCAAUCUGCUGAUGAAGUAUUGUUGUCCGGUCAGAAAGAUGUUGAUGAUUUCUUUGAACAUGAACGAAAUUAUUUAUUAGAAUAUCACAGCCAUGUGAAAGAAGCUUCAUCUAAAUGUGACAGAAUUUCACGACUGCGUAAAAAUGUAGCUGAUUCCUAUGCAAGGAUUAGUUCAUGCCUUGAAAGAAUAGCUUUGCAAGAAAGUGAUCGGGAGCUACAGAAAGCACUGUUGCAAAAAGCCGAUACUUUUGAAAAGUUAAAAAAACAUGAAAGUCGCGUAGCAACAGAUGAAGAAUUAAAAUUGGGUGAUACACUACGAUAUUAUAUGAAAGAUACUGAUGCUGCUAAGGUAUUGUCUCAAACAUUGGAACGAGCAAGAGGACGUAAUAAGGACAUACCAAAAGCAGAAGCAGAACAAAGUGAGGCAUGUAAAAAAUUUGAAGAUAUCAAUGAAGUUGCAAGAGAAGAACUAAUGGAUUUGAAAAAAAGACGACUUUUUGCAUUUAAAAAAAAUCUUACUGAUUUAGCAGAUUAUCAGAUUAAACAUGCCAAGGUAAAUUUAUUGCUCAAAUAG